CGACAAACUGCUUCAAUGAAAUGGUACACACUGUACUGUAUACAGUCUAUAAAGACAUGCGUGAGCAAACGAGAAAACGUUUACGUUAUCCGGAAGGUCAGCUGUUGCCCUUAGGCCUACUAGUAGUGAGUCAUCAUUCGGCUGCCUGUCAUUCGACUAAGCAUUAGUAGUCCUACUGCGCAUGAACUCAUCGUCAGGUAUAACAGUAUCCGUCUUUGAUGUUGGAAUUAAAUCAGAACACUGUCUAACUAACGUCGUCGUUCGUCAUGUCUGGCCAAGUGUCGGUAGCUCGUCGUGUAGAAGACUUUGCUGUAGCUCAUCAGCAACGCGAAGGAGGAGGGAUUUUAGUCCGGCGACCGAUUGGAGGACGUAUUCGCAACUGUGACCCUUUCCUGUUGAUGGAUCACAUGGGACCGGUGGAAUACGGGCCGGGAGAAGCUGUGGGGGCACCGGAUCAUCCUCAUCGAGGAUUUGAGACGGUUUCGUAUGUUAUUGAUGGCAAUACGAAACACCAAGAUAGCGCAGGCAAUUCGGGCGUGUUGAGUCCAGGUUGGGUGCAAUGGAUGACCGCUGGAUCUGGUGUGGUGCAUAGUGAAAUGCCCAGUGAUGAGUUACUGGAGAAAGGGGGUCGCAUGGAGGCAUUUCAAUUGUGGGUCAAUCUACCAAAGAAGGAUAAGAUGAUCAAACCUCGUUAUCAGGAUACUCCACCAGAGAGAAUUCCAAUUGCUACGACGAGUGAUGGGAAAGUGACUGUUAAAGUAAUCGCAGGCGAAGCCCUUGGAACAAAUGCUACAAUCGAGACUCGAACACCAAUUCUUUACCUUGACAUGCAUCUUUCACCAGGCGCCUCUUUUACUCAGCCUAUCCCUGACAGCUACAAUGGGUUUGCAUAUGUGUGGCGAGGAUCUGGUUUCCUUGGGGCAGAGAAAAGGCCUGCCAAGAUGGGUGAAGUGGGAACAAUGGGAGAAGGUAGCUCGUUUACUGUAUCGGCUGGUCCUGAUGAAGAAUUACGAGUACUCUUACUGGCUGGAGAGCCAAUAAAGGAGCCAGUAGUGCAGCAUGGUCCAUUUGUAAUGAACACGUGGGAGGAAAUACAGCAGGCAUUCAAGGAUUACCAAAAUGGAAAGCUUGGAGAGAUCAGAGGGUCCAGUGAAAGAUACGAGAAAACAAAGAAUGCAAGAGAGGCCCAGAAAGCAAGUGGUAAGUGGAAUGAUGACUUUUGAUUUAUAACUACAGUCAGACAACGUUGUAGUUAGGUUAGCAUCUUAUGUUUAUUUGUAUUGGAACAGAAUAUUCAAGAGUACAGUACUGUACUAUCGCUUAGAUGAUUACAACGUAUUGAUACUAAGAAUAAAGGAGUCAACUUGUAAGCACGUACUGCA